GUCAGAACUGUAGUUGCACACAUUCACGUGGAAUCAAUGAAGUCAUUCUCACACAACAGGAGAGGAGAUUUCCAACUUUAAGAGACAUUUUCUCAGAUCUCCAGCGUUGACCUCAUGUGAAGUUCACUGUCAGAAGCAGUGUGAGAAUAAAAGAGAAAUAAGACAGAAAGGGUGGACAUGCAUGGCAGGAACUCACAGCUAUUCUUGAUUAAUUCAUUAACAUUUGGCCUGGAAGUAUGUUUGGCUGCUGGUACGAUCUUCAUCCCACCCAUGCUGUUGGAGGCAGGGGUGGAGGAACGCUUCAUGACCAUGGUGUUAGGUGUGGGACCUGUACUGGGGUUGAUCUUUGUUCCAUUGAUUGGUUCAGCGAGCGACAGCUUCAGAAGUAAAUAUGGCCGUCGCCGGCCGUUCAUCUGGCCACUGUGCAUGGGCGUCCUCCUCGGACUCCUGAUCAUCCCUCAGACAUCCACCCUGGUCGGCCUUCUUACAAACUGUGAAUGCCGUUGGCCGCAGAUCUCGCUGUUAGUCUUUGCUAUCUGCUUGAUGGAGUUCUGUGGGCAGGCCUGUUUGACCCCACUGGAAGCGCUGGUGUCAGAUCUCUUCCCUGGAGAAGAAGAAAGCCGCUGGGCCUUUUCAUUUCAUUCGCUCAUGCUCAGCCUGGGUGGUUGCGUGGGCUACCUGCUGACCGCAGUCGACUGGACCCCUUCGGACACCGUGGUUUACCUUGGAGGACCAGAGGCUUUUAUCUUCAUAGUGCUGACCUUCAUCUUCCUCGCUUGUUUGAUGGGCACAACGUUCAUCUGUGAAAAACCAACGGGUGAAGUUGGGGUGUCCCGGAAGGCGAAGUCCACUGCCUGCUUUUGCUUCUGUCCGGUCUUGCCCAGACUCAAGCUUUUGCCCAGAACAAUCUUCAGCCUUCUGAAUGUGUUUCCGCAACUUUACUCGCUGUGCAGUCGCAUGCCCAAAGUUAUCGCAAGACUGUUCGUGGCUGAGCUGUGCAGUUGGAUGGCCCUCAUGUCUAUAAUGCUGUUUUACGCAGAUUUUGUCGGAGAACGAUUGUAUGGUGGGGUGCCAAGUGAAAAUCCAGGUUCCCUGGGCAGGACACGAUAUGACGAGGGUGUACGAAUGGCCAGCUUGGGUCUUUUUUUGCAAUGUGUGACGUCUGUGAUGUUCUCGUUGGUUAUGGAGCGUAUGGUGUUGUGUAUAGGACCUAGAAAGCUGUAUUUGAGCAGCGUGGUGCUGCUGGCAGUGAGUUCAGCAGUUAUGACCGUCUCAAACAGCAUCGUGUUAGUCACCAUCAUGGUUGCAGUGACUGGGUUUACAUUCUGCACUCUACAGAUUCUACCGUACACGCUAACAUGUCUGUAUCACUCCAACGCACAGGUGUUUUUUGCCAAUGAGAGAGACAACCCUCACGGGCACCAUCGUGUUCUGUUGAUCAAAUCAUCUGAGAUGCCAUCCAUGAGCACACAGAAAAGAACCAAUGGUUGCCUCUCCGGGACGUCUGGGGGCACGUCAAAGACGAAACACUUACAAAGCAAUAUACCAGCCUCACUAUCGCGUGAUCUAAAUGUAUCUGUGACCAUGGAACCAACACCUGCACAACCACCCGCCAUCAGGGGCAUUGGUACAGAUAUAGCCAUACUGGACAGUGCUUAUCUGCUAUCUCAGGUGUUGCCAUCGCUCUUCUUGGGCUCCUUAGUGCAGCUCUUUCAGAGCGUAACCAUCUACAUGGCCUGCGCGUCUUUGCUGAGCGUGGUGGCUGUUUAUUUCUCUAGAAAGAUUGUCUUCGAGAAGGCGGAUAUGGAAGCAUGUAGAUGAUUGUGUCGUCGUUCCAAAACCAUGUGGGACAGCUGGAUCUGUUUUUUAGAUCCGUGUGUUUUGUAUGUUUUUAAAAGACUUAUGGUUACGUAUAAAUAAUUUAUUUGAUACUAAGCGUUGACUGUUAAACAUUUGCUAAGAUGUUCCUGGUUGGGAGGAUCAAACAAACAGCGCAAUGUUUGGAAAGAAUGACAAAGUGUAUUAACUGUUUACAGGAGCUGUUAAACUACAAAUGGACUUAUGGUUGUCUCUGCAUAUUAGAGACAGUUCACCCCAACAUUAUAAAAUUCUGUAGUUUAUUCAUCAUCGUGUAGUUCAAGACCUGUAUGUGUCUCUUUCUUCUAUGGAACACAAAAGAAGAUAUUUCGAGAAAUGUCUCUGUGGUUUUGUGUUCAAACAAUGGAAGUCAAUGAGGUCCAAUGUUGUUCGGUUACCAACAAUUAUCAUCUUUUGUGUUCUGCAGAAGAAAGAAAAUCUGGUUUGGAAUGACAUGAGUGAAUAAAAGAUGACAGAAUUUUCAUUUUAUGCUAUGAACGUUUUAUAUUAGAGAACGUCUGGUAUAUUUAUCAGGGUGUUGACUUGAUUUUAUUUUUUACCAAUGAUUUGAUUUGGCUAUUUUCAUCCAACCACUGUUGUGUGGUUUUUGAUUUGUGUUUGCAAUAUACUGGUUUUUAAUAGUCUUUAAUAGCCUAAUAGAAAUUAUGAUAGAUUAUGACCUUUGAAUGAAGACUAAUGUGUUAAACUCUAAUGCAGAGGAAUAAAUGCGCUGAAGAGACCAAAGCCUGUCAAAAUGUUAAUGGCAGUUGUUGUUUACACACAUAUGUAUGUAUUUAUGUAAUUUAUUAAAAUAUGUAUUUAUAUUAUUGUGUUAUAUUUUUAGCUGUACCAUUUGUUUUGGUAAACAAAACCAAUAACUUUAUUGCAAAAUAAUUAACUUAAAAAAAUGAUGUGUUUAAAGUUUCGUAUUUCGAGGAAAAUCGGCACACUAAAGCUGCCUUCAACA